AUGGCCGGCUUCAGCCCUUGGGGCCUGGAGCGGCUGUGGGGGUCCGUGGAGGCAGAGAGUUCUAUGCCCAGCCCCAUGCCACACCCACCAGACCUUGCCCCGCCCACACCCACUCCAGUCCUGCCCCACCCUCCCUGUGGCUCCCCGUGCUCAGGCUGCUCCUUGCCCGCAGGGAUCCCAGAGACCCAAGAGGUGAGCGAGGUCUGCACCACCCCCGGCUGCGUGAUGGCAGCCGCCAGGAUCCUCCAGAACAUGGACCCGACCACGGAACCAUGUGACGACUUCUACCAGUUUGCGUGCGGAGGCUGGCUGCGGCGUCACGUGAUCCCCGAGACCAACUCAAGAUACAGCAUCUUUGACGUCCUCCGCGAUGAGCUGGAGGUCAUCCUCAAAGCGGUGCUGGAGAAUUCGACUGCCAAGGACCGGCCGGCUGUGGAGAAGGCCAGGACGCUGUACCGCUCCUGCAUGAACCAGAGUGUGAUAGAGAAGCGAGGCUCUCAGCCCCUGCUGGACAUCUUGGAGGUGGUGGGAGGCUGGCCGGUGGCCAUGGACAGGUGGAACGAGACUGUAGUUCCUAGCUCCGGAGGCCAGAUUCACUGA